CAUUGCAAAUCCUUCAUAACAGAGGAAGCCAUCACUGUCACAAAUCUGUUUCAAGUGGGUCAAAGAAGGAAAAAUUGUGAAUGGUUUCAGAAGCCUUUGAUGACCAUGGAAAAAGAUGCCCAUCAUUAUUCAUUUAUAUACAAAGCUCAAUUCAAGUAGCAAUAUGAAAACAGAGUCCACUCCAAAAUCCAUUUUUAUGAUUAAAUUUGUUGUAAAAUCAAAACCAAUUCAUUUGGGUUUCAGAGAUUUGGAUGAUUAACUUCGCUUCAUAGAGUCUGAAAGGUAGACGGCACCAUUAUGGGAAGCAUAAGUAAAUCAUCAAAGAAUUUUGGCUUUACCAUAAUUCUUUACUUGUAUUCUACUUUUUCCAUGUUAACAAUAACCUCCUAUGCAGUAGAAUUGAACACCAUAAAUGCAACUCAUUCUCUUACAGAUGGGCAAACCAUGGUCUCUUCAGACGGAACAUUCGAACUGGGAUUUUUCAACCCCUCGGGCGGUAUUUCAAGGAAUCGAUACUUGGGAGUAUGGUACAAGAAAAUAUCUGUUCGGACUGUGGUAUGGGUUGCCAACAGAGACACUCCACUUACUGAUACCUUAGGAGGAGGAGUCUUAAAGCUCACAGACGGAGGAAUUCUCGUGCUUGUCAAUGGUACAAACAGCAUCAUCUGGUCUUCUUCAAAUUCAUCCUCAAAUAACAACGCAGUGAAUUCAGCUCCAGUUGCACAGCUUUUGGAUUCGGGUAAUCUUGUUGUCAAAGAUGCAAAUGAUGAGAAUUUCCUGUGGCAGAGUUUUGAUUAUCCUGGAGACACUUUGUUGCCGGGCAUGAAGCUGGGAAAGAACCUAGUAACUGGAAUUGAUAGGCGUCUAUGGUCAUGGAAGACCAGUGAUGACCCUUCUAAAGGAAACUAUUCUUCUGGAUUUGAUCUUCGUGGAUUCCCACAAUUAGUCCUCCUGAAAGGUACGGUUGAGGUUUACCGCUCUGGACCAUGGAAUGGUCUCCGCUUUAGUGGCUCGGUGGGUUUAAAACCAAACAGCAUCUUCACAUACCAUUUUGUUUUUGAUCAGCAGGAAGUGUAUUAUGAAUAUGAGCUUAUUAAUAUCUCAGUUCUCUCACGGCGGGUUUUGAACCAGAAUGGAAUUGUACAGCGCUUGACAUGGAAUUAUAAAACACAGGAUUGGACAGUUUAUACUAAUACACCAGCAGAUAACUGUGAUUUUUAUGGGCUGUGUCAGGCCUAUGGUAUCUGCAGCAUUGCUAACUCCCCGGUGUGUGGGUGUCUUGAUAAAUUUGUUCCAAGGUACCCAAAAGAUUGGGACACAGCAGAUUGGUCAGGUGGGUGUGUUCGAAGAACAGCCUUGGAUUGCCACAAUGAAUCAUCAAAUGGAUUUAUCAAGUAUUCCGGUGUUAAAUUGCCUGACACGCGGAAUUCCUGGUUUAAUAGGACCAUGACCCUCAAGGAAUGCGAGACGGUAUGCUCAAAAAACUGUUCUUGUAUGGCUUUUGCAAAUAUAGACGUAACAGCAGGAGGAAGUGGCUGCUUGCUCUGGUUUGAUGCCUUGAUUGAUAUUAGGGACCUCGGAGAAAUUGGACAAGAUCUUUACAUACGAAUGGCCUUCUCUGAGUUAGUAGAAACACAUAGCAGCUCCAGAUUGAAGAGUAUAAUCAUUCCUAUAUUACUUGCAGCAGUGGUACUCCUAGGCCUGUUCUUUCUCUUGUAUUUCUUAAGGCGGAGGAAGCUGAAGAGACUAGAACUAGUGAAACUCAAUCAAGAUUUACAGUUGCCAUUAUUUGACUUUGAGACAAUAGCUAAUGCCACAAGUAACUUUUUGAUCGACAAUAAGCUUGGAGAGGGCGGCUUUGGACCUGUCUACAAGGGUGUGUUAGAAGAGGGACAAGAAAUAGCUGUGAAGAGGCUUUCAAGGAAUUCAAGACAAGGACUCGAUGAGUUCAAGAAUGAAGUUCUAUGUAUUUCCAAACUUCAGCACCGAAACCUCGUGAAGCUUCUAGGUUGUUGCAUUCAAGAUGACGAAAGGAUGUUGAUCUACGAAUACUUGCCCAACAAAAGCUUGGAUUACUUCAUUUUCGAUAAAGAAAAAAGCAUAUUACUGGAUUGGCCUAAGCGCUACAACAAUAUCAAGGGGAUUGCUCGGGGAGUUCUCUACCUUCAUCAAGAUUCCAGACUGAGAAUUAUCCAUAGAGAUCUCAAGGCUAGUAAUAUUUUACUUGAUAACAACAUGAACCCCAAAAUUUCAGACUUCGGCAUGGCUAGAAGUUUUGGCGGUGAUGAAAUGGAAGCAAAUACAAAUAGAGUGGUUGGAACACACGGUUACAUGUUCCCUGAGUAUGUAAUGAAUGGAUUCUUCUCGGUAAAAUCUGAUGUGUAUAGCUUUGGUGUAUUGGUGCUUGAGAUAGUUAGUGGGAGCAAAAACAGAGGAUUUUCUCAUCCAGAUCACAGCCUCAACCUCCUAGGACAUGCAUGGACACUUUAUAAAGAAGGCAAACCUUUGGAUCUGAUUGAUGCAUCGGUAGUGCACUCGUGUAAUCUUACUCAAGCAUUUAGAUCAAUCCAUAUCGGUCUAUUAUGCGUGCAACAAAGUCCAGAGGACAGGCCAAACAUGCCAUCUGUGGUUAUGAUGUUAGAUAGUGAUAUUGCUUUGCCUCAACCGAAAGAGCCCGGGUUUUACACUGGAAGAAAGUUUGCUGAAGUAGAUUCAUCAUCAAACAAGCCAAAAUUGUGUUCAUCCAAUCAAUUAACUGUAACAAUUUUGGCCCCUCGCUAGAAGAUGUUUCAUGUAAAUAUUUUGAUCCUCCACGGCUCCACACCUGGCAAAAACUUUUGUAUAAGCCACUUUAACAACAGAAAAAAAGAAGAAAGGAAAAUGAAAGUUAUUUCUGAUGUAGAAAUAAUU